AUGGCAGACUCGUCAUUCAUUGUUCUCCUCUUUCAGCUUUUCAAGUCCAAUCUGGUGUUAAUCGUUUUUACUUUUAUUAUAAAACAUCUUCUCCGCAACAAAUAUGGCUCAGGCAUCUCCCACAUCCCGGGGCCCAGCCUAGCCGCAUGGACAGAUCUAUGGAGAGUCAACAAUGUUAGGAAAGGAAAGUCUCACAUGACGAUGAUAGAGUUGCAUAAGAAGUACGGAAAACUUGUUAGAACGGCGCCAAACGUUAUUGAUGUCUCGGAUGCAGCAGAAAUCCCUAAAAUAUACGACAUCAAGGGUGCAUUCUACCUGAUUCUGAGUGUCCUCUGGAAGGGAAAGGCGCAGAUGAGUCUAUUCUCAAGCAGAGACCAGGUAUAUCAUCGUGAGUUGAAACGGAAAGCGGGAAAUAUGUACAGCAUGACUUCUCUGCUGGAGAUGGAAGACUCAAUUGAUGAGUGCACCGCAUUGUUCGUGAAGAUAUUGGGAGAAUUGGCUGAUAAAGGAGAAGCAAUGGACUUGGGUGCUUGGCUACAAUACUACGCCUUCGAUGUCAUCGGCGAAAUCUCAUUCAACAAGAAGUUUGGCUUCCUCGAAAAAGGAGGGGAUCUUGACGAUAUGAUGGCAACCAUUGAUGGCAUCCUCUUUUACUCUACAGUAAUCGGCCAAGUCCCAUACUUGCAUCCUUUCUUACUAGGAAAUCCGCUCCUUCCAGUUUUCGUGCCCCAAGUCGAAUCCUGGAACCACGUUGUGAACUUCACCGUUCAAGCUAUGAAAGCCCGGUCCGAUUCUGGGUCCCCCAAGAAGGAAACAAGCAAAGACAUGCUCUCACGGUGCCUCUCCGCAAACCUCAGUGAAGACGAUAUACUCAUCUUACUAUCCACAAAUGUAUUCGCCGGAUCGGACACGACAGCUAUUGCACUCCGCUCGACCAUCUACCACCUUCUCAAGAACCCCUCCUGCUUGUCAACGGUUCUCGAGGAAUUAGACGCCAAUUCUCACCGCUUGAGCUCCUUUAUCACUUACAAGGAAUCGAAGGAUUAUCUGCCGUACAUGAAUGCGGCAUUGAAGGAAGGAAUGAGGGUCCAUCCAAGUGUGGGCUUAUUGCUUGAAAGAUAUGUGCCGAAAGGAGGAGCGACGAUCUGCGGAGCAUAUAUUCCGGAAGGGACGACAGUCGGUAUCAACGCUUGGACGGUACAUUUCGAUGAGAAAGUCUUUGAGGACCCUGAGAGCUUCCGACCAGAGAGGUGGUUGACUAGGGAUGAGAAGAAGUUGGCGGAGAUGGAGAAGAGCUUUUUUUCUUUUGGAGCUGGGAGCAGGUAG